UUUCUGUACAGACUGGUUACAAGCGAGGGUGAGAGGAGACAAACUGGUAUAGGGCAGAGGGAGGUACCAAGGUCAUCAAGUAAGAGGAAAGGGGGGUCAAAAGAGUUAGAGGAGUGCAAGAGAAUACUAUACAGUGUAUCACUGAGUGGAGGCUGAGAGGGGGGAAUAGCAAGGAGGAGGGAGAGGUAAGGAGCAGAACUACAGGAGGUAAACAGCUCAGGGUGAGACACAGAAGGACAGAGAACACAAGAAGACUUCUGAGAAGUGACAAGCCGCCAGGAUGAGUUCUGGGGCUCCGCAAGGAAUGCACUCCAGCCUCUCACAGAGUAACCCACAGACAGAGUCUAAGGGGAGAAAGAAGAUCCAGUUUUCGGUGGCUGUUCCCCCCAGUCAACUUGAUCCAAGAGCAGUGGAGAUGAUCAGGAGACGCAGACCUACCCCAGCCACCCUAUUCCGUGUAUCUGAUCCACAGUCACCAGAUGAUGACCCAACAUUAUAUCAGAAGCUGACAGGGGAUGCCCAACCACUAAACACCAAGAGAUCAAAUCCAUGUGCCUACAUCCCUCCAUCAAUGAAAGCUGUCCAGCGCAUAGUCCAAUCUCAUAUGCAGUCCCUAGGGUCUCUAAGUGACAGUGAUAAUGAAAAUGAUGAUGAAGAAGGCACAGAUGACACUGAAACUGGUACAGAAGAGCCAGACUAUAAUGAACCAGAAGAAUAUGUGGAUUGUGGUGUGGCCUGUGGCAAAGGUGAUGAAGGUCCACCCAGUAACAAUCUAGAAACCCUUCUGAACCAUACUUUUCUGGAGGAUAGAGCAGGCACAAUGGACACGGCAGACACACAAACAGAAAAGGUGUGUGACAAGCAAGUGGCGUCUGUAGAGCAUCCAUAAUCUCGUCACAUUACAGCUGCCUUACCUCUCUACAGACUGGAACCAGACUGCUGUCUCUUGAGUUAGUGUGGCCCCCUCCUUCCCUCCAUCUUCUUGCAGCGUCCCGUCCAUCCACGUCUUUAGCCCUGCUGCAGAGAUCAGACAGCCCUGUAUAUUUAUGUGUUAUUAUAGCCAGCUUUUGCAAAGCAAUAAACUCAGUAACUUACA